UUCCCUAACCUGAUUUAAAGUCUCAGGAUAAACGCUGAGGUUGAAGGAAAGUAACAACGUUUUUUUUGUAGGAUUCAACAUCCGAAUCUUUAAGUUAUGUGAUGCAAUAUGUUACUUCUUAUAUAGACGAUCUGGAUAUUGAGUACACAAUGUUUUUUGUUUCUUUUUGGUAAAUGAUAUAUACUGAUCUAACACAAAUGCUUUAUACAGUUAUGCAUGUUUUAGUUUGUUAAUGAUUAUAUCUCUGUCAUCCUUGUAUCUUGUCAUAAUUUUAUCUCCGUCAUCCCCUUUUUUUGCUGUUUGUAACUUUAAUAUACACACAAUAUAUAUGACAAUAUUCAGGACAGGAUAUAUAUCUUUAUAUGUGUUGCGUUUAAAUAAUACAAAAAAGUCUUGCUAAGGACCAAGAAUGACCUCGUAUAUCUUUUAUAACUCAAAUGCACAUCCGCCAUAUUGUAUUGUCAGUUUAAUGAGGUGAGUGAAGUGUAAGAACAGCCCAUGAAACAGGUUUGUCAUGAAUUCUGUAUGUGGAAAACGCAGUUGGCCGCCAGGGGGCGGUAAUGCCAGUGUCAUUACGACACUGCGCAAAUAAGUGGACAUUCAGCUCCAGAAGCAAAAGUGAAAGCAAGAUCUUUAUCGACAAAUAACAUCUGAAGCUCGUACAGCAAAUCUCGUGAUUUUCGCUUAUUUAGGAAUAUUCCCAUUUUAAUAUUUGUUUUUUUUUGUCACUAAAGAAUAUGGCGACAGCAGGCCAGAAUGGUAAUGAUCAGACAAUGGCUGAAACCACAUUUGCACAUGAUGUGGGCAUAGAGAGGAAACUUCAGGAAGUAAUACCAGGUCUGCAGAAGGUGCAGAAGGUGGAGGAGAGUGAUUUCAUUCUGGUUUUCUGUCCUGUUGUUUCACGAGCUGGAACUGACAUUGAAGAAGCAGUGAAGAAUCUUAAUACCCUACCAGGUAACAAACCUGCAGUUCUGGUGGUGAUUCAUCACACGUUUGAUCCGGAGUGUGUUGUACCAGACAGCAGCAGAGCUGUAAAGAGAGACGAUACGAUCACAGUCGACUGUCUGUUCCAUGAAGAUCAGGAAUUACUGCAAUGUUCUCAAAAUGAUAAAGCACUGUCCCAAGUUAUAAACUGGUGUUAUCCUGAGGCCAUUUCGGAAAGAACACCAAGUAAAAGUCCAAAUCAGGACCAUACAGUUAACCAGAUGUCGAAUCAUGCUCUUCUAAAAUACUUCCCCCUGGUGGUUGAAAACACAUUAGGACAUGAUGGCAUUUUGAACGAGCCACCAAGAAAACAUCCAACUCAAGACCAUACAGCUAAAAAGAUGUUGGAGCAACCUGUUCUCAAACACUCCACUCUAAUAACUGGAAACAGAUUUGGACAUGCAGUGGGCAUAGAGAGGAAACUUCAGGAAGUAAUACCAGGUCUGCAGAAGGUGCAGAAGGUGGAUGAGAGUGAUUUCAUUCUGGUUUUCUGCCCUAUUGUUUCACGAGCUGGAACUGACAUUGAAGCAGCAGUGAAGAAUCUUAAUACCCUAGCAGGUGACAAACCUGCAGUUCUGGUGGUGCUUCAUCACACGUUUGAUCCGGAGUGUGUUGUACCAGACAGCAGCAGAGCUGUAAAGAGAGACGAUACGAUCACAGUCGACUGUCUGUUCCAUGAAGAUCAGGGAUUCCUGCAAUGCAGAAGGAAUAAUGAGGGCUUUAACUCCGUUUCAGAGUGGAUUGCUCAGAUAUUUCCAAAGACAAAGAAAGAAAUUAUGUCUAAUGUUGAUAAAAAAACUGAAAAGAAUAAACAAUGGGACAGAUCCAAUCAAGACCAUACAGCUAAAAAGAUGUGGAAGCAACCUGUUCUCAAACACUCCACUCUAAUAACUGGAAACAGAUUUGGACAUGCAGUGGGCAUAGAGAGGAAACUUCAGGAAGUAAUACCAGGUCUGCAGAAGGUGCAGAAGGUGGAUGAGAGUGAUUUCAUUCUGGUUUUCUGCCCUAUUGUUUCACGAGCUGGAACUGACAUUGAAGCAGCAGUGAAGAAUCUUAAUACUCUAGCAGGUAACAAACCUGCACUUCUGGUGGUGCUUCAUCACACGUUUGAUCCGGAGUGUGUUGUACCAGACAGCAGCAGAGCUGUAAAGAGAGACGAUACGAUCACAGUCGACUGUCUGUUCCAUGAAGAUCAGGGAUUACUGCAAUGCAGAAGGAAUAAUGAGGGCUUUAACUCCGUUUCAGAGUGGAUUGCUCAGGUAUUUCCAAAGACAAAGAAAGAAAUUAUGUCUAAUGUUGAUAAAAAAACUGAAAAGAAUGAAAACACUGACAGAUCCACUCAAGACCAUACAGCUAACCAGAAGGUGAACGAUCCUGUUCUCAAACACUUCACUCUAAUAACUGGAAAGACAUUAGGACGUGCAGUGGGCAUAGAGAGGAAACUUCAGGAAGUAAUACCAGGUCUGCAGAAGGUGCAGAAGGUGGAGGAGAGUGAUUUCAUUCUGGUUUUCUGCACUAUUGUUUCUGAAGCUGGAACUGACAUUGAAGCAGCAGUGAAGAAUCUUAAUACCCUAGCAGGUAACAAACCUGCAGUUCUGGUGGUGCUUCAUCACACGCUUGAUCCAGAGUAUGUUGUACCAGACUUCAGCAGAGCUGUAAAGAGAGACGAUACGAUCACAGUCGACUGUCCGUUCCAUGAAGAUCAGGGAUUCCUGCAAUGUUCUCAAAACGAAAAAGCACUGUCCCAAGUUAUAAACUGGUGUUAUACUGAGGCCAUUUCGGAAAGAACACCAAGUAAAAGUCCAAGUCAGGGAUUACUGCAAUGUUCUGAAAACGAUAAAGCACUGUCCCAAGUUGUAAACUGGUGUUAUACUGAGGACAUUUUGAACACGGAACCAAGAAAACAUCCAAAUCAAGACCAUACAGCUAACCAGAAGGUGAACGAUCCUGUUCUCAAACACUUCACUCUAAUAACUAGAAAGACAUUAGGACAUGAUGCGGGCAUAGAGAGGAAACUUCAGGAAGUAAUACCAGGUCUGCAGAAGGUGCAGAAGGUGGAGGAGAGUGAUUUCAUUCUGGUUUUCUGCCCUAUUGUUUCACGAGCUGGAAUUGACAUAGAAGCAGCAGUGAAUAUGCUUAAUAACCUAGCAGGUGACAAACCUGCAGUUCUGGUGGUGCUUCAUCACACGUUUGAUCCGGAGUGUGUUGUACCAGACUUCAGCAGAGCUGUAAAGAGAGACGAUACGAUCACAGUCGACUGUCUGUUCCAUGAAGAUCAGGGAUUACUGCAAUGCAGAAAGAAUAAUGAGGGCUUUAACUCCGUUUCAGAGUGGAUUGCUCAGGUUGAUAAAAAAACUGAAAAGAAUGAAAACAUUGACAGAUCCAUUGAAACCACAUUUGGACAUGAUGUGGGCAUAGAGAGGAAACUUCAGGAAGUAAUACCAGGUCUGCAGAAGGUGCAGAAGGUGGAGGAGAGUGAUUUCAUUCUGGUUUUCUGUCCUGUUGUUUCACGAGCUGGAACUGACAUUGAAGAAGCAGUGAAGAAUCUUAAUACCCUACGAGGUAACAAACCUGCAGUUCUGGUGGUGAUUCAUCGCACGUUUGAUCCGGAGUGUGUUGUACCAGACUUCAGCGGAGCUGUAAAGAGAGACGAUACGAUCACAGUCGACUGUCUGUUCCAUGAAGAUCAGGGAUUACUGCAAUGUUCUCAAAAUGAUAAAGCACUGUCCCAAGUUAUAAACUGGUGUUAUCCUGAGGCCAUUUCGGAAAGAACACCAAGUAAAAGUCCAAAUCAGGACCAUACAGUUAACCAGAUGUCGAAUCAUGCUCUUCUAAAAUACUUCCCCCUGGUGGUUGAAAACACAUUAGGACAUGAUGGCAUUUUGAACGAGCCACCAAGAAAACAUCCAACUCAAGACCAUACAGCUAAAAAGAUGUUGGAGCAACCUGUUCUCAAACACUCCACUCUAAUAACUGGAAACAGAUUUGGACAUGCAGUGGGCAUAGAGAGGAAACUUCAGGAAGUAAUACCAGGUCUGCAGAAGGUGCAGAAGGUGGAUGAGAGUGAUUUCAUUCUGGUUUUCUGCCCUAUUGUUUCACGAGCUGGAACUGACAUUGAAGCAGCAGUGAAGAAUCUUAAUACCCUAGCAGGUGACAAACCUGCAGUUCUGGUGGUGCUUCAUCACACGUUUGAUCCGGAGUGUGUUGUACCAGACAGCAGCAGAGCUGUAAAGAGAGACGAUACGAUCACAGUCGACUGUCUGUUCCAUGAAGAUCAGGGAUUCCUGCAAUGCAGAAGGAAUAAUGAGGGCUUUAACUCCGUUUCAGAGUGGAUUGCUCAGAUAUUUCCAAAGACAAAGAAAGAAAUUAUGUCUAAUGUUGAUAAAAAACCUGAAAAGAAUGAAAACACUGACAGAUCCAGAAGAAUGUUCCCCAAUUGGAUGGAUCGGUUCAACCAACCUGACAACCAUACAGCUAAAAAGAUGUUGGAGCAACCUGUUCUCAAACACUCCACUCUAAUAACUGGAAACAGAUUUGGACAUGCAGUGGGCAUAGAGAGGAAACUUCAGGAAGUAAUACCAGGUCUGCAGAAGGUGCAGAAGGUGGAUGAGAGUGAUUUCAUUCUGGUUUUCUGCCCUAUUGUUUCACGAGCUGGAACUGACAUUGAAGCAGCAGUGAAGAAUCUUAAUACCCUAGCAGGUGACAAACCUGCAGUUCUGGUGGUGCUUCAUCACACGUUUGAUCCGGAGUGUGUUGUACCAGACAGCAGCAGAGCUGUAAAGAAAGAGACUAUGAUCACAGUCGACUGUCUGUUCCAUGAAGAUCAGGGAUUCCUGCAAUGCAGAAGGAAUAAUGAGGGCUUUAACUCCGUUUCAGAGUGGAUUGCUCAGGUAUUUCCAAAGACAAAGAAAGAAAUUAUGUCUAAUGUUGAUAAAAAAACUGAAAAGAAUAAACAAUGGGACAGAUCCAAUCAAGACCAUACAGCUAAAAAGAUGUGGAAGCAACCUGUUCUCAAACACUCCACUCUAAUAACUGGAAACAGAUUUGGACAUGCAGUGGGCAUAGAGAGGAAACUUCAGGAAGUAAUACCAGGUCUGCAGAAGGUGCAGAAGGUGGAUGAGAGUGAUUUCAUUCUGGUUUUCUGCCCUAUUGUUUCACGAGCUGGAACUGACAUUGAAGCAGCAGUGAAGAAUCUUAAUACUCUAGCAGGUAACAAACCUGCACUUCUGGUGGUGCUUCAUCACACGUUUGAUCCGGAGUGUGUUGUACCAGACAGCAGCAGAGCUGUAAAGAGAGACGAUACGAUCACAGUCGACUGUCUGUUCCAUGAAGAUCAGGGAUUACUGCAAUGCAGAAGGAAUAAUGAGGGCUUUAACUCCGUUUCAGAGUGGAUUGCUCAGGUAUUUCCAAAGACAAAGAAAGAAAUUAUGUCUAAUGUUGAUAAAAAAACUGAAAAGAAUGAAAACACUGACAGAUCCAAUCAAGACCAUACAGCUAAAAAGAUGUUGAAGCAACCUGUUCUCAAACACUCCACUCUAAUAACUGGAAAGACAUUAGGACAUGAAGUGGGCAUAGAGAGGAAACUUCAGGAAGUAAUACCAGAUCUGCAGAAGGUGCAGAAGGUGGAGGAGAGUGAUUUCAUUCUGGUUUUCUGCCCUAUUGUUUCACGAGCUGGAAUUGAAGCAGCAGUGAAGAUGCUUAAUACCCUAGCAGGUAACAAACCUGCACUUCUGGUGGUGCUUCAUCACACGUUUGAUCCGGAGUAUGUUGUACCAGACUUCUGCGGAGCUGUAAAGAGAGACGAUACGAUCACAGUCGACUGUCUGUUCCAUGAAGAUCAGGGAUUACUGCAAUGUUCUCAAAACGAUAAAGCACUGUCCCAAAUUAUAAACUGGUGUUAUCCCGAGGCCAUUUUGGAAAGAACACCAAGUAAAAGUCCAAAUCGGGACCAUACAGUUAACCAGAUGUUGAAUCAUGCUCUUCUAAAAUACUUCCCCCUGGUGGUUGAAAACACAUUAGGACAUGAUGGCAUUUUGAACAAGCCACCAAGAAAACAUCCAAUCUGCAACUUAUUUCCGUUAGAUCAAGACCAUACAACUAAAAAGAUGUUGAAGCAACCUGUUCUCAAACACUUCACUCUAAUAACUGGAAAGACAUUUGGACAUGAAGUGGGCAUAGAGAGGAAACUUCAGGAAGUAAUACCAGGUCUGCGGGACGUGCAGAAGGUGAAGGAGAGUGAUUUCAUUCUGGUUUUCUGCACUAUUGUUUCUCGAGCUGGAAUUGACAUUGAAGCAGCAGUGAAGAAUCUUAAUACCCUAGCAGGUAACAAACCUGCAGUUCUGGUGGUGCUUCAUCACACGUUUGAUCCGGAGUGUGUUGUACCAGACAGCAGCAGAGCUGUAAAGAGAGAGAAUACGAUCACAGUCGACUGUCUGUUCCAUGAAGAUCAGGGAUUCCUGCAAUGCAGAAGGAAUAAUGAGGGCUUUAACUCCGUUUCAGAGUGGAUUGCUCAGGUAUUUCCAAAGACAAAGAAAGAAAUUAUGUCUAAUGUAAGUAAGUUGGAAACCUUUUAAAACACUCUGGAACAUCAAAGUUGAUGUUAUUUUUUUUUAGUAAGGUGUGGGCACAAAUGUGUACUUUCAGG